AUUAAUGUAUGCUAACAUCGAAAAGCUCUCAAAAUGAAUUUCAUAAUAAAUUCAGUCGAAACUUUUUUUAUUGGUUAGUCAAAAGGUAGCAGCCAAAGUGGUUGGUACACGCUUAGGAAGAAACUUCACCAAAUGGCCGUUCAGGUACUUUUGCACUUGUUGGCAGUUUUACUCGUCACCCGCUCUCUAAGUGCGACCGAAGACAAACAACUGAUCGCAGAUGGAGGUAGCACCACCUAUCAACAUACUGUCCCGGUCAAUCCAAUUGUCAUCCGUACUCAACUGGAAAAUUAUGACCUACCUACUUUGAGGGAAUACAUAGAGUGUCACGAAAACAGUGACAAAUGCAAACAGGCCUGUCUGGGUGAUAAGGAUGUUGUUAAGUGCCUGAAGAGAUGUCCAAUUUGCCCGGAUCUGGUAAGGGGUGACCACCUAGUGCAGGGUGUGAACGAUACUCUACUGACCCAGCCGAGAUCCGUUAAUAUGACGAACGUGGUUCGGCUGACGAACCAAAUACACAACACAAUCGAAGAAAAUGGAGGCAAUGUAACCCUCAAUAACGACAAUAACGUGAACUUGCAUCAAAAGGUUGCCAAGUCUAGAGUGGGAGGAAAGUUCGGUUUGGGCUAUAAAAAUACGGAUCCAUGCUGUAUUGUUUUGCGACCAUCGAGGGAUUGCGAGACGAACCAGUUAUCGACUGGAUCACGUUGUAGCCGAAAACGUCAUCGCGUCUGUGGCAAGAAAUGUAAAAGCCGUGUCAUGGAAGCCAGGAGGAUAACUGUCUGUGAUUCUAAUUCAGAUUAUACGGAUCAGUAUGGCUCUGACAGUUGCCAUGAAACUGUGAAAUAUGUACCAGUCCAACCAAGAAGAUAUUUGCCUCAAUCAAGACCAAGCAAAUGUUCAUACACUCCGGCAUGGCCAUUUGUAGCUUGUGGAACGCAAAAAGUGUCUCCUCAACCUAACUGCGACUACUGUCUCCAUUUGCCAUACGUAUACAUAAUGCGAAACGGCGUUCCACGGCAAUGUGGGCACUGCCUAAAAAUCUAUAACGGCAGGUCGAAUACCUACAACUAUCAGCAACAAUUGCCGAUUGAUAGGCAGCCGUUUAUGCAAUAUCCACUAAGCAACUAUCCCGCCAAUGGAGGUGAUUUCGAAUUUGAUAUUCCCGAAGGCUGGAGAGAAGAGCCGAAGAAAUUCCUCUUGCCUGAUGGCGAUUAUUACAAUAACAAUGUUAUUGAAAGCGAUAACUUCAACCCAUACGAGUAUGCACCGGUGGAACACACGAAUGAUUAUUCUGAUUACGACAACGGAUAUUAAGCUUAAUUUGGCCUUCCGAACGGUCGUAAAUACAGAUAGCUAUGUUUUUUUUUUUCUUUUUUUGAAACCUUAAAUUGGAUUGGAUGAUUUCAAUGUUCUGAAUCAUGGUACAAUGAAAUAAAGGUAUCCUCAUUUCAAAGCAGCAUU